AUGCAAAAGACCAAGACAAAAAGAGGUGUAGAACCGAUGGAAGUUGACGAUGACCAGUCACCAACAAGCGAUCAAAAUGUUAAUGAUGAUGGAGAAAUAGAUCAUAUAUCCGAUGACGAGGAAGGUGGUAUCCGGAUAGGUGAUAUUUAUAUACCACCAGCGCCUAAGCCGGCUCUAACAUUUGAUACAACGGGCCCAAGGCUGAUAAUAACGCAUAUCGUAAAUGAAAACUUUAAAAGUUAUGCUGGCGUGCAAACAUUAGGCCCUUUUCAUAAGAGUUUCACAGCCAUUAUAGGCCCAAAUGGAAGCGGGAAGAGCAAUGUUAUUGAUUCCAUGUUAUUUGUUUUUGGCUAUCGAGCCACCAAAAUCCGUUCAAAGAAGAUUUCAGUGUUAAUUCAUUCUUCUAGUAAAUUUCCAAAUAUAACAAGUGCUAGUGUUGCUGUACAUUUCUGUCAGAUAAUUGAUGGGGAAGGUGAAGAGUUUACAGUGGUACCCAAUAGUGAGAUAGUUGUAUCAAGAACGGCGGCAAAAGACAAUUCAUCAUAUUACACUCUUAAUGGAAAGAGAGUUCAGUUCAAAGAGGUGGCUAAAAUGUUAAGGUCGCAUGGAAUUGAUUUGGAUCACAAUAGGUUCCUUAUUUUACAGGGUGAAGUGGAACAAAUUGCUAUGAUGAAACCAAAGGGUCAGACAGAACAUGAAUCUGGUAUGCUUGAGUACUUGGAAGAUAUUAUUGGAACCUCAAGAUAUAAGGAACCAAUAGAAAAACUAUCGGAAAAAGUAGAAGAAUACACCGAAAUGCGUAAAGAGAAAUUAAAUAGAGUCAGAUUGGUUGAACAAGAGAAAAAUAAAUUGGAACAACCAAUGAGAGAGGCUGUUGAACUCAUGAAUCUAACUAACACUGCAUUAAGGACGAGGAAUACAUUGUUACAGAAAUAUAUCCAUGAAACCAAUAAAAUAAUUGAAAACAAAACAAAAGAAUUGCAAGAACUUAAAGAUGUUUUGGCAAAGAUUGAUGAGAAAUUGACAAAGAUAAAAGAAGAAUUACAUGAAAAAACAACUGAAUUGAAAAACGGCACUCAAAAAUAUGACCAACUUCAAAAACAAAAGGACGAUAUAUCUGAGAAGUUGACUCAAUGUAAGAGAAAAACUGUCACUGUUCAGGCUGAUACGACACAAGCAAAUAAGAAACGAAAAAAUCUAGAACAAUUAAUAGAACAGGAGAAGGGGAAAUUAAUUGAUUUAGAACUCAUUCCAGAAAAGAAUAAACAUGAGAUAGAGGAAUGUGAGAAGUUAUUGGAAAAGCAUAAAGAGAGUAAAGUUAAUGCUGAACAAGAGUUUCAAACUGUUAUGGCUGGGGUUAGAUCAAAAACACAAGGUCUCCAAGAACAGAAAGACAAAUUACAAGCAAAACUAAUAGAUUUAAAGAAAAUAGUGGAUGAAGCCAAUAAAGACUCAAAGUUAGCUGAGUCCGAACUUAAAAUAUAUUUGAGUACAGAAGAAAAAGAAAUAGAAAAGCUUAACAGAAUGAAGGAUGUAUAUGAAAAAGCUAAAAGUGAUCUGGCAGAGAAAAAAUCUCUUCGUGAAGAUCUUUCCUCUACUAUUCCAAUGCAAGAGCAACAAGUAAAAGAAAUACAAACAAAACUACAGAGAAUGAAGAAAGAAGAGAUUUCAACAUCAAACGAAGCGAGGAGCUUGAGAGCACAAUUAGAAGAAUCCCGUCAAGCCAUGAGCGCCAACAGAUCUAGAGGUAGAGUCUUAGAUUGUUUGAUGAAGGAAAAGAGAGAAGGAAGAUUACCAGGAAUAUUUGGUAGACUGGGCGAUCUCGGCGGUAUCGAUGCCAAAUACGACGUGGCCAUAUCAACAUGUUGUGGAGCUUUGGACAACAUAGUUGUUGAUAGUGUAGAAACGGCGCAACAGUGUGUUGAAUAUCUGAAACAUAAUGACGUGGGUCGAGCUACGUUCAUAGCGCUCGAUAAACAACAACAUCUCAUCAAGUAUUGUGAGAACAAGACGACUUACCCAGAGAACGUGCCACGUCUAUUCGAUUUAGUGCGAGUGAAAGAUUCCCGUGUAUUACCGGCAUUUUAUUACGCUCUUCGUGAUACAUUAGUAGCCUCGAAUCUCGAACAAGCAACGAAGAUCGCUUACGGGAGAACUCGAUACAGAGUCGUCACACUACAAGGAGACGUGAUAGAGAUAGCAGGUACAAUGUCGGGUGGAGGUAGAACAACAAUGCGUGGACGCAUGUCAAGUUCAGUUGUACAGAAUACAGAUGAAAAUCCAGAACUAGUUAAACAAAAGGAACAGAAAUUGGCAUCUUUGGAGCAAAGUCUAUCAGAAUUAAGAAACGAACAAUCAAAUCUAGAAGAAGCGUUGGUGAAUGUACAGAGAAAUGUUAGAGAGGGAAAAACGACUCUACACAAGCUAGACAUCGAAUUUAAAAGUUUGGUUGAACAUGUUCCUGCUCUGAAGAGUCAAAUUAAACAACAAGAAGCGAAAGUAUCGUCAAGUAAAGUCGACGCAAGACAUAAAGCUAAAUUAGAAGAUAAUUUAAAGAGGGCGGAAGAGAAAUUGGAAACAGCGAAACAUAAUGCGGGAGAGAUAGAAAAAGAAGUACACGGCGUGGAUUCUCAAAUAGCGUUGGUAGCUGGAAACAAAGUAAGAGAUCUGCAGAAAAAUGUCGACGAACUGACGAAUAAAAUUAAUAAGAUAUCCAAUGAAAUGACUAAACUACGGGUGGCCAUUAGUACUAGUAUACGCAACGCAAAGAAAUCUAAAGACAAAAUAAAUCAAAUGGAAGCCGAUUUGAAAGAAACUGAAAAGAAUUUGGAAAAUCUUAACAAUCAAAAGAAACAACUCACACUUGACUCAGCUAAGUUACAGAAGGACUUUGAUGAGUUGGAAGAACAAAUAACAGAAGGUACCAGUGAAUUUUCUGGUCUGAGGCAAGAAAUAUCAAAACUUCAGUCCAAAGAAAAUAAAAUGAAAAGUGAAAGAUUGGAAGCAAAUAAUGCGGUCAACAAAAUGGAAAAAUCCGUACAAGAUUGUACUACAAAGAUACCGUUGUGGGAGAAAGAGCUAACAUCACUUAAGCUAGAAGACCCGGGAAUAGAAAUACCAGGUAUAGAAAGACCUGAGCCCUUACAGAAACACACUCCGAAUGAAUUGGAUGAAACGUCGGUUGAUGAAUUGAGAAAUAGACUAACUGCUCAGAAAGCUAGGAUAGGGGAGAAUAAACCUAAUUUACAAGCCAUACAGGAUUACCGUGUUAAAGAGGAACUGUAUUUGAAGCGAGCUUCUGAACUAGAAGAUAUAACAAACAAAAGAAAUGAGAUGAGAGCAUUAUAUGAUCAGCUGAAAAAGAAACGGACUACUGAUUUCUUAUGUGGAUUUAGCACAAUAACAACGAAAUUAAAAGAAAUGUAUCAGAUGAUUACAUUGGGGGGUGAUGCAGAGUUAGAACUUGUUGACUCUUUGGAUCCAUUCACUGAAGGAAUUAUAUUCAGUGUUCGACCCCCAAAUAAAUCUUGGAAGAACAUAUCAAAUCUCUCCGGUGGUGAGAAAACAUUAUCAUCAUUGGCGCUAGUGUUCGCUUUACAUUACUACAAACCCACACCUUUAUAUGUUAUGGACGAAAUAGACGCGGCGUUGGACUUUAAAAACGUGUCUAUAGUCGCUAAUUAUAUUAAAGAAAGGACAAAGAAUGCUCAGUUUAUUAUAAUAUCUCUUCGGUACAAUAUGUUCGAAGUUUCUAAUCGCCUAGUGGGUAUUUAUAAAACAGAAGAUUGUACUAAAUCGGUCACCAUAGAAAAUAAACUACCCGAGCAAACCGCAAGAGACGUAAUGGCUUGA